CGCGCGGCUUUCCGAAAGUGGUUCCGGUCUUUGGCUGAAUGGGCAAUGGAGGCGGGACUUGGAGGGGGCGGGGCUUGCGGCUACCAGCCAGGAACCUCCAGCCUCCUUGGCGGCGAUUUGACCCCCGGAAGUGGGGUGACAGGCUGCACUGCGGGUGCGGCGAGGGACUGCGGCCAGAGCUUCAGGGUUAUAAGAAAGUCAAAGCAAGCAAAAGUGGAGAUAACCUGGAUGAACAAGCUAAUCAGAAUAGCUUAAAAAUUGCAACAGUAGCAGCAGCAAUGUUUCACUUCUUUAAAAAGUCACCAGAAUCUAAAAAGCCUUCAGUGUCAGACACAGAAGCAGAUGGAUUUGUCCUCUUAGGAGAUAAAACAAAUGAUCCAGGAGAUAAAACUUCUGAAGCAGAAAGCAACCAAACUUUGGAGACCAGCAGGGAAAACUCAGCCAGUGUGACUGUAGCAGGAGGCCCAGAGAUGGAACGUGAGGCAGGCCAGACUCUGGAGAGCAGCUCACUGAUGCCCGAGCUCCUGAGCGAUGUGCCUUUCACCUUGGCCCCACACAUCCUGGCUGUGCAGGGCACCAUCAGCGACCUUCCUGACCACUUGCUCUCCUAUGAUGUCAGCGAAAACUUAUCGCGAUUUUGGUAUGAUUUCACUCUGGAAAACUCAGUGCUCUGUGAUUCAUAGAUUUUGCAUCUGUUUGUACCUUAACAGCUUUAAAAAAAAAAAAAAAAAGGAUUGCCUAUUUUACUUAACCUGUUUGGCAUUGUGUUCUGUAUGAUUUCACCCUUUAAAGGCCCUUAGAAAAGAGAAGAUCUUUAAACAAAUAAAAUAGCAUCAUGUUCCUUGUUUUAUUCUUUAGAAUAUAUUACAGUUGUAUAAAAGUGGAACUUCAUUUCCACUUCCCUUCCCCCCACAUAGUAAAUAUAAAAAUGAGGUCAUCACAGCUGUAUGAAAGGAACAUGUUGCUAUAGCUGGUCCCUCAGCUAAAAUCUGUGAAAGAACGGAGGCAGCCUGAGCUUAGCUUAACUGUGAAGUCUCUUUCCUGGCUCACAGGAGUGGGGCAUUCAUUGUAUUUCUUCUUCUUCCACACCGAGUAUGAAUGAAUUUGGAAAAGCAUUUCCAGUUAACUUAAUUCAUUCAGUCUCAAUGUAGACACAGAGCUGUGGACAUUUAAAACUUCUUCUAACCAAUAGUGAUGGUUUACUAAUACAGAAAUGCUGUAAGCACUCAGCGGCUGCUUCCUGAACAUGCAGUUGAGUUUUCUGAGACCACAGCCACACUUUUCGCCCUCCAUGAGUGCUGUGUUUCCAUCUUGGUUCUUUGCCCUUUCUCCACUUCUGUGUUUGGUUUUUGUUUUGUUUUGUUUUGUAUUUUUUUUUCUUUUUGAGAUAGGGUCUCACUAUGCAGUACGGGCUGGCUAUGAGCUCACUUUGUAGCUUCAGCUGGUCUUGAACUCACAAUGAUCAUCCUGCUUCAGCCUCCCAAGUGCUGGGAUUACAGGCAUGCAUCAGCAUACCCAGCUUCCUUUCUCCACUUCCAAACAUGCUGUCUGACCAGCUUCACGGAGACCUUCCUGCUUCCACCUCAGCUGGCAUUCACUUUUCCUGCCACACUGUUUCCAAUUUCCGAAAAUGACCACAUUUCAUUUCCAGACUCUCUACCUCUUGGGUAAACAUUUCAUGAUGAUAUUACUGCUUAUGGCUCCCUUACUUAGAAUUUUGUUGCCACAAUACAGAUGGAAAUGUUUUACUAUUACAAGUUCUAAACUUGAUUCAUUUUCAAGUAGAGUGCAAGCAAAGCACCUGGAUAUGACCUUUAGUUCUUGGUCAUCUAUUAUUUAUUCCAACAAAAACUGAGGAGAACUGCCAAUGGUCAAUAAAUUGUAAAGGGAAGAAUCAAAUUGUGAAUUUUCUAUGCCAUGGAAAAUUGAAGUCACACCUACUUUGAUUAGUAGCAACAUAAUUUAUUAUUCUGUGCCAAACUUUUAAGUGUAUUUUUUUUUGUAAAAAUGGAGUGCCAUAACAAAACUAAACACUGUGCAUAAAGGUACAUAAAUUAGUCAAAUUUUAAUGUGCUAUGCAUGUUCAGUAAAUGUGGUAUGGUCUUGAUAAAGAUGCUAUAUUAUUUAAAGUUAUAGGAAUAUUUCUAUUAAAAUCGUGCUUAAUUUAUAAUAAUGUUAUAGGAGAUUAAUGAUUAACUUAUAUCUUUACAUAGUUUUCAUAAAACAUUAGUCUAGGAAAUAAUACUUUUUACUGACAAAAUGUGAACAUUUUGUAGCACUUUUAGUGAAUACCAGUCUUUUCCAAGCAUCCAUGUACUCUUAAAAUUAAAUGUAAGCGUAUAGUCUAUUUGUCUAAUUAUAAGCUAAAUUUUGUCCAAAAUGUGCAUUUCAUUUAUACUUAUGUCUACCAUGUUAUAAGUAUUUUCAUUUGUCUAUAGAAUUGUUAUAUUUAAAUAAAUGUGAAUUAAAAUAAAUAUUUUGAUUAUUUUCAGAUCUAUAAAAAUGGUUUUCUCUGCAUUAUUCAUUUCUGAAUGCAAGUUAUCAAUUCUAUUAGGGGCAAAGAGUUAAGUAUAUGUUAUGUGUAGUGCAAAGAAAAAGUGACUUUUCUCUAACAUGUAAAUGUUUAAGUAAUAAGCUUGAAAAUGGUAAGAUUGCUAGUCCCGGCUUAAUCACACUAGAAGGGUGUGAGCAAAAUGACAGGAACAUUUUUAAAUAGAUCACCACCAUCACGAAAUUUAGUAGAGACUGGUAUUAAAGACCUAUUUUUAAUAAAAAUGUUGUGAAAUGGCAGUUUAAAUGAUUUUAUACCGUAUAAAUCAGUGUCACUAUUUUAAAACUGAAAAAAAUUAGAAAUCAACUGUCCAAUUCUAUUUCACUCACAAGAAAAUUGAAGCCUAACAAGGUUAAAACACUUAGUAAGUGAUAAAUAAAUGUUUCCUUGAAUAGUGCUCAUAUUUAUAGUAGAAAUGAUAACAAAAUUGUAUGGUAUAUGGGAAGGAGUUCAGACAUUCAUGCCAGCCAGAGUUUGUAAUAGUUCCCUCACUUUUAAGCUGGAGGGUUUCGAAUCUGUCCCCUAAAUUCUAUUGUCCUCAGUACCCUUGCAUGUUAAAAGUAAUUAGGUAUUAAGUGGCAUAUGUCAAACGCUUGGCAACCUAGUGCCUUACAUGCCAUUGAUGUUCUGGGCUAAGGAUCGCUAUGAUUCCCAUUACUAAGUAAACACACAGGAGUGUAACAGAAUGCAAAAUGCAUAUUAACCAAGUUGCAUAAAGACAAAUAUGAAAAGUAGCUCCCUACAGUAGCCAUAUAUUCCUCACACCCCUGUAUUUUACUUUGAAAAAUAGUCCUACAUUAUAUUAAGUAAUUCUUCUGACUUUGCUAAACAUAACCUCGUGAACAUUUUUUUCUUAUUAUUAAGGGCCAAGGAUGAAAGAUUCCCAUACUUUUCUUUCCAGUAAUAUGUUACUGUUUUAGAUUGGCUCUUGUACUUAUCCUUAAAAUAGUAACAAAUGCACAAUUCUUAUUAGUCCACACAGCAGUUUAAGUAAACAUUCCUUGACCCCAACACUUUUUUUAUCCUCCCUCAAGUAAAAUAAUAAAUUGAAAUCAGCAUAAAUUUUUUUUCCCUAUUUCCCAGAGACUUCCUAUAAAUCUGAAGGACAGGUGAGCAAUAGUUAAGGAAGUAAUGUCACCCACAUUCUGAAACGGUGCUACUUGAACUUACCACGCUACUUCUCACAAUCACAGUUAUACUGCCAGUAUUAAUUUGGCAGUAUUACGGAGAUAAUUUGAAUAUGUUACUUUCAGAAACUAAUCCAUGUCAUUAAUAAUAGUCACAUAAAAUGUAAGUGUGGUAAGUAGGUAAUUGAGAAAUAGUAUCUUUUAAAGCCAUUGAGAAAUACAGGUUUGUGAACAUCUUUUGAGUAUUUGUGGCCUAUUAGGGGAUCCUAACCUAAAUAUUAUUGGAAAUCUAAGACUCUCAAAAUAGUUCUGACUACAUUGGCUUUAAAGAGACAUAUAUGUUUCAGGAAAAUUGCUGUUUAUGCCACAUGGCUCUGUGGAUAGGUGUGUGUGAGAGAAAAUUGUUUUAAUUCAUGCAUAGGAACUCUGUUACAAUCAUUAUAGUAACAUGUUAAGCAUCUUUUAAAAUUUUAGAUAAACUUUAUUUUACAAUGGGCUUAAAUUUAAAGAAUUACAAAGAUUGUGUAGAAUAUCCUCAAAUUUCCCUCUGAUUAACAUCUUAUAUUAUAAUAUUACAUUUGUCACAACUAAGGAACCAACAGUGAUACAAUAAAAUUCACACUCUAAUCAGAUUGCAUAGUUUUUCUCUAAUCCUUUUUCUCUUCUGGCAACUUAUCUGAUAUGACACAUUUAGUUAUCCUACCUCCUUGCCUUGACUUCAGAAAUUUCUCUCCUAGGCUUUUCUUGUUUUUAUGAUCUUGACAGUUUUGAGAAAUAUUGGCCAGGAAUUCUGUAGACUGUUCCUCAAGUUGGGUUUAGCUGAUGUAUUCACAUCACUGACUGAGGUUGUGCGGUUUGGAGAACAGUUAUGCAGAAGACAGGUCCUUCAGUGAGAGCAUGUCAUAUUAAGAGUGGAUGGCGUGACCAUGACAUGUUACUGAUGAUAUUAACCUUACCACCUGGCCAAGGUAGACCCUUCCAGGUUUUUCUGCUGUAAAAUUAUUCCUUCCCACCUUUUUAAUAUCCUGUUCUUUGGAAUUAAGACACAUAGCAUAUCCCAUACUCAAAAUAUGGGGAAUUAAGCUUUUGAGAGGCAUAUCACUUAAAUUAUUUAGAAUUCAUUUGCAAGGGACAUUUUUCUGUUCUUCCCAAUUUAUUUGUCAGUUACUUAUUUACAUUUGUUUGAGCUGAAGAAUAGUCAGUCUUUCUACAAGUCUAAAUUAGUGGUGACCAAAAACAUAAAUACAUUUUUAUAAAAGUUAAUAAAGUGUAAAACAUUUUGCACAAUACAGAGAUGAGAACCAUCUAAUGUUGGUAUAUAUUAUAUUCUGUGGUUUCUUCAGAAUGUGUCUUCCUAUAAAUAUCAGAUAUGUUUCUCCUUAACUUGCUGCUUACAGUGACUAUAACUGCAAAACAAUGUUUCAGUUAAUAACAGUACAUGUAUGAUGAUAGUUCCAUUGGAUUAAAAUGGAGCUGAAAAGUUUGAUUACUGGGUAUUUUUUACUGUACCUUUCUUUGCUUAGAUAUGGAUGAAUAUACAAAUACUUACCACAGUGUUUGUUAUUCAAUAAAGUAAUAUGCUGUGUA